GUGACAUUCUACAUCACGGACUUGUGUUGACCUCAAGACGACGAUUGAUACCGCGAGCGGUGAGAAUCAUCUUGACAGUUGUGCAUACUCUUCGGGGAUACUCUACAUUACGGACGGGUGCUGACCCCGAGGAGACGACUCUUACAGAGAGUCAGGGAGAAUCAUCUUGACAAGUUGUGUGUACUCUUCGGCGCAGACUGUCACCCGCCUGCCGACGUGGCGGAGCGGAAGAGGAGACGCCGGCUGGUACCAAAAGUGAUCAGCAUGUCCGAGUCUGCCCCUUCUGACGCAGCACCUGAACACCCCCCACACCGCGACCCCGGCUCUAGCCAGGAUGUUCCAGAAGACAUCGCAGCCCCGUCCGAACCGACGCAGACUCCUCAGACCCUGCCGCAGACUCCUCAGACCCUGCCGCAGACCUCAGAGGAUGCCAAAGAGGACGGAGAGUCUUCCGAGAGUCCACCGAGUGAGGCUGAGGGUCAGCUGACCGAAUGUGACCAAUCGGUGAGCCUGGAGGCAGAAGCGCCGGAGGAGGACGCGGAGAAGGAGCAGAAGGUCUGGGGAGGUUGGGGCUCUUGGGGCAAGUCUCUCCUGAGCAGCGCUACUUCUUCAGUCGGCCACAGUCUGUCCUCCGUCAAAGUGAAGGCAGGAGAGGCUCUGCGUCUCCACAAGACCUCAGUGGGAGAAGAGGCCCGGGAGGAGGAGGAGGAGGAGGUUGUAUCGGAGGAUAAGCCGGCGGUUGAAAGCGUCGAGCCGGGCGGUUCUGACGAGGCCGCCAACAGAGGCGUCUUCUCCGCCAUCUCCAACGUUGUGCAGAACACGGGUAAGUCUGUGAUCAGCGGUGGUCUGGAUGCUUUAGAGUUCAUCGGAAAGAAGACCAUGACCGUGCUGGCUGAGAGUGAUCCGGGUUUCAAGAAGACCAAGACCCUGAUGCAGAAGACCGCAUCUCUGAGUCAGAUGCUGAAAGAAGCCAAGGAGAAGGAGCGAGCACGCCUCAGCACGCAGCCCGUCAGCGCACCUACCGCUCAUUACGGCAUUCUCUUCGACGACUACCAGGGCUUGUCCCACCUGGAGGCCCUGGAGAUCCUGUCCAACGAGAGCGAGGCCAAGGUGCAAGCGUUCCUCUCCUCCCUUGAGGACCAGGAGCAGGAGGAGGUGAAGACGGAGCUGAUUUUCAUCAAGGAUGUCUUCAUCCGGGGGGGAGAAGAAGAGGAAGAGGAGGAUGAGGAAGGAGAGCAGGCAAAGGAAGUGGAUGCAGAGUUCCUGAGUGUUCUCACUGAGUUGCUGUUUGAGCUUCAUGUCGCCGCCACGCCUGACAAGCUCAAUAAGGCUCGGAUGAGUGCCCACGAUUGGGUGAGCAAGGUGGAGCAGCCCGUCACUACGGAGACAGUUGGCAAGGAAACGCCGGACCAACCAGGAGGAGAGGCCUCGCCAAGAGAGGAGGAUGGAGAGGGCGAGGAGAGGGAGAAAGACGGUGCGCUGAAAUCUGUGGAGGUGACGUCCAAACCGUGUCAUGAAUCAAAUCCUCACCGCCGACAUCAUCUAAUCUCCGCCCGCGCUCUGCAGUCCGUCUACUUGUCGUCAGUGGGCAGCCUGGCCGAAGUGACGGCCCGCAGUAUCGAGCAGCUCCACAAGGUGGCGGAGCUCAUCCUGCACGGGCAAGAAGAGCAGGAGAAAGCAGCCAGGGAUCAAGCAGGCGUCCUCACCAGGUUGACCCGCGCCAUGUGCAAGGAGGUGCAGAGCUUGGCCAAAAAGUUCUCCCACACGCUGCUGGUGGUCGGAGGUCAGAGGAAAGCGGAGGAGCUCAAUCCAAUGGUGGACGGUGUGCUGCUGGAGGGCUCCAACAGUACCAACUACAUCCACGACGCAUUUCAGCUCCUGCUGCCCAUCCUGCAGGUCGCACACAUCGAGAGCCAACGCUGCAACACCUGCACACACUCGGCGGCAGCACAAGUGCAGCACUAACACACACACACACACACACACACACACACACACACACACACACACACACACACACUCUUGUAUUUCUUACCUUCUUGAGACCUCCGAAAAAUGCCUCCUUCUGUAGGACCACCCUUUCUAGAUAUAUAAAGAUUUGUAUUUACAACAUUAAUAAUAUAUACAUACUAUGCAAAUAUAAAAAAGGUAAGUUUUCUGUUUUUUUUUGUAAUUGGUUUUUAAUCAUCAUUAUUUACUUAAUUAUUACAGUAUGUCUCUAUAUACAUAUUAAUUUUUUUAAAAUUAAUUUUGGCCAAAAGGGGCACAUUUCAAUUUCUUACACACACUUAUUACAUAUGUUGACCAGAGGGGGAGCACUUCAAAUUUUUACACACACUUGUUAUUUCAUAUGUUGACCAAAGGAGGAGCACUUUUAAAACCACCAAAAAAUCCCUCCUUUUUGGGACCACCCUCAUUUUGAUAGAUGUCACCACCAGGUGUGCAAAUGAGACAUUCUGUAUUUUUUGUUUUUUUGUAAUGUGCUUAAGGCCGAUGACAAAGGAGUCAGGGACCACAGAUGGUACCCUGUGCCGCACUUUGGGCAACCCAGCUGUAGAAGCUAACAGCUAAUGACCACUAUAGUCUUAGUAGCGUAGUGUAUUUGUUCAUCCUAUGGUCACAUAUGGGACGCGGGUGGUCUUACGUCAGCACCGGAAGUCGUCAAAUCCGCUGUUCACCUGGCGGGUUUUUUUCGGGGAUGAGCAGGGAAUUCCUUCCUUAGCUUGUUUUAUCAUAUAUUGCUGCCUUUGCACCUGUCAUUGUUUACUUUUGUAUGCACAUUAAAUCAACAAAAAAAAUCCUGACUUUGGAGCAAUGUUCACGGACUCUAGUAUUUGGCUCUCUAUUAGAUGCAAUGGUUUUCCGUAUCGGGACCGUGAUUUAUGUCCUAACUUGUUCACACCUCCUCAUAUGGAAGCUACUUUUCCUUCUUGAUGUCUCAAGAAGGGCAGAAAUACAAGAGAACACACACACACACACACACACGUGUGCGCGAGCUGCGUUGUACAGAACAGAUUUGACGCAACACUAAGUGCUUCUAUCUACAUCAACGUUAUUUAUGUGUAUAAUAUAAAGCCAACAGUUACAUUUUUCACUUUUGCUUCCUUGUUUGUAUAUUUCUACUUAUCUACUAAGUAUAUUUUCAUCUCCCAAAAAUUGUUGCUGUUUACAUUUACACUAUAUGUGAAUAUGUUAGGCAGUCUUUGCACUCUUACCCCUAACAUUUAAGCCUUACAUUAUUCCGAACCCCUAACUGAGAUGUAUUGUUUGACUGACACAAGAGAAGUAUUAUAGAUAUAAUGCCAGUACAUCCAUGGCCAUUUAUGUUCAUGUUCAAUGACAAUACAGUUCAUAUUACAGUAUAUCUAACUUGAAGAAAUUGUAGGUUUCAUUCCUGUUCUCAUUUCACUUUAUUUUAAUAUCAACAAAAAAAGACUGACCUGCCCACUACAUAUUGUAACGACAUACAGACGCGAUCAGAAGUUUACAUACACUUGUAAAGAACAUUAUGUCAUGGCUGUCUUGAGUUUCCAAUUUUUGGUUGGGUGCAACGUUCCCUCCCGCAAUUGCGCACUGCUCACGCGUCCUCUGCGCACAGCAAAUCUAUGCCGCGCAAAAAAAUCAAAUCCCACUAUAAACAAAUAAAACAAAUACUUUUUGUAUGAUUUUGCAAUGCAACUGUGAGUAACAGGUGACGAAAGGCGGCCACAACAGAUAAAACAAUGUUUGUCAACACUUAAAUUAUUGUAACGUCUGUGGAGACACUUAAAGGAGGACAGGAAUUCCGUCGGUCCCUUUAUUUAGCGAAAUUGUUUGUCGGCCAUAACCACACCAAAACAAUGUGUAAAAUACUUUUAUCUAGCAAAACUGGUCGUUGUCUACCGUACAAACCAAGCCAAAAGCAACUCUUUGUCAUCUGUUAUAUCAACAGCAGCCGCUUGCUCUCUCUCACCUGCACCAACACAUACACUAUGGCAGGGGUCGGCAACCCAAAAUGUUGAAAGAGCCAUAUUGGACCAAAAAAACAAAAACAAAUCUGUCUGGAGCCGCAAAAAAUUAAAAGCCAUAUUACAUGUGUCAUGAGAUAUAAAUGUAAUUAAGAGGACUUAAAGGAAACUAAAUGACCUCAAAUAUAGCUACAAAUGAGGCAUAUGCAAUAUGUACAUAUAGUUAGCCUAAAUAGCAUGUUAGCAUCGAUUAGCUUGCAGUCAUGCAGUGACCAAAUAUGUCUGAUUAGCACUCCACACAAGUCAAUAACAUCAACAAAACUCACCUUUGUGCACUCAUGCCCAACGUUAAAAGUGUGGUGGACAAAAUGAGACAGAAAAAGAAGUGGCAUAAAACACGUCCUAGAAAGUCGGAGAACGUUAUACAUGUAAACAAACUAUACGGCGAGUUCAAGGACCGCCAAAAUUAGUAGGACAAAACGGCGCUCGCCAAAUACUCGAAUCAGUGAAGCACGUUUAAUAUAAACAGUGUGAUUUAUAACAAUUAGGGAGGUUUGUGUCAUGUUUGUCCUCCUACAGAAAACAUUCUAAAACAAAAAAAUUGAUUUUUUUUCCCCUCUUCUUUUUCCAUUCUUCAUACAUUUUUGAAAAAUCUCCAGAGAGCCACUAGGGCGGAGCUAAAGAGCCGCAUGCGGCUCGCCGACCCCCGCACUAUGGCAAUUAGCCACUGGUGCGUUUAUGGCCACACAAAAAGUUGGACAACUCCGACACUACACGUAAAGUGUACAUUUCAGCUCGUUUUACUAUGACUCCUCAAUCAGUGUGCUUAUUCUACUGUCAUUUGUUAAGAAUGUUAUUUUUUGGAUAUUAAUCAUGAAAUGAUGUUACAGGACUACAUAAUUGCUAAUAAAAAUAUUUAUUUUACGGACAUAAAGUUAAUAAACACUUCAUCUCAUGCAACAUGUGAAUGUUUUAAGGGGAACUAAAUGUGAUCUCUGAAAGGGGUACACAAUCUUUCCAAAGCAGGACCCCCACCCAGGCAUAAAAUACUAUAGUGCAUAGCUGAUUAAAAAACAAAAACAAUAUCUAAGUGGGCCAAAUCACAUCUAUUAGAAAAUAAUCGACUAGUCACUUGAUUAUUAUAAUAGGACAUUUCAAUUGUUAUGUCAGGUUUGAGACAAAUGUGCUGCUGGUAUGACCACAGUGUGCACGUCUGUAUUCCACUGAAUGCUCAGGGUGUUUGUGCGUUUGCUCACACACAUGAAAAUUAGAGGGAACAUUGGUUGGGUGCUAAUUUUUGGUUUCAUCUGAACACAGAACUUUCCUCCAGAAGGUCUUAUCUUUGUCCACGUGAUGUCAGAUGAAACAAAAAUUGAGCUGUUUGGCCACAAUACCCAGCAAUAUGUUUGGAGGAGAAAAAGUGAGGCCUUUAAUUCCAGGAACACCAUUCCUACCGUCAAGCAUGGUGGUGGUAGUAUUAUGCUCUGGGCCUGACGAGCUAAAAUCAUCAGCCCGGAGGUUGGGUCUUGGGCGCAGUUGGGUGUUCCAACAGGACAAUGACCCCAAACACACGUCAAAAGUGGUAAAGGAAUGGCUAAAUCAGGCUAGAAUGAAGGUUUUAGAAUGGCCUUCCCAAAGUCCUGACUUAAACGUGUGGACAAUGCUGAAGAAACAAGUCCAUGUCAGAAAAAACAACAAACUUAGCUGAAUUGCACCAAUUUUGUCAAGAGGAGUGGUCAAAAAUUCAAGCAGAAGCUUGUGGAUGGCUACUAGUGAUGGGUCCGGCAACACCGAUGCAUCGGUGCAUGCGUCAAGCUCAUAGAGCAAAACCCUGUGUCGGUGCACGUACCGCUUUUAGAAAGUCACGUGACCGAUACGCGAACUGUGUCGCACUGAUGCCUACUCUGUGCGGGUCUUUUCUACAGCCGGAGAAAUAAUAACUAAGAAGAGAAAUCGUCUAUAAUUUAAUAUGUUGGAAAAACUUUUUUUUUAAAUAAAAAUGUGUAAAAAAAAAAAAAUUCCCAGUCCACAAGCAUCCUCAUUCACAACACGUUCUCUUAGAUUUCCAUGUUAUGAUACAUGCAGAGGUGGGUAGAGUAGCCAGAAAUUGUACCCAAGUAAGAGUACUGUUACUUUAGAGAUUUAUUACUCAAGUAAAAGUAAGGAGUAGUCACCCAAAUAUUUACUUGAGUAAAAGUAAAAAGCAUGUUGUGAAAAAACUACUCAAGUACUGAGUAACUG